AUGAGAUUUAAUUGGACCGCCAGCCUCUUGGUCGUUCUGGCAACUUCUGAAGCCGUUGGUGCCAGCACAUGGUUUGGCAAAACUGCUUACAACAGGUGGCAUGAAACCGAGCUUGAGCGAUGGCUUUCUGAUCACGACAUUCCAUAUCCAACGCCUGCAGACCGCAAGGAUCUUGAAAAGAUUGUCAAGGCCAACUGGAACGCCAAAGUGCAGGUUCCCCUAGCCCAGACUUCGGAGUCGACUUCCGAUCACCUGAGCAACGUGAAGGAGUGGAUUUUUGAUAGCUGGUCCGACUCCCAGCUCAAGUCUUUCCUGGACAGGCAUGGUAUUCCUGCUCCUCAGCCACGCAAGCGCGACACGCUUCUCCGUGCCGCCCGCGAAAACUACGAAACUGUCGCGAAGAAGCUCGGCGAAACCGCUGCGUAUCCUGGUAAUUGGCUGUACGAGCACUGGUCCGAAUCUGACCUCAAGGAAUGGCUUGACAUACACGGCUGGCCUGUGCCUCAGCCCUCCACCCGUGACCGCCUCGUUGCUGCUGUUCGUCGCCAGUCUCGUCUUUCGAGCCUCGCUUCACAGCAAGCUGCCGCGUCUGCUUCUUCCUCUGCGGAGGCUGCUCAGUCGUCCCUCAGUGAAGCACUGUUCAACGCAUGGUCUGACUCUGAGCUGAAAAAAUUCCUGGAUGAACAUGAUAUCAAGGUCCCUCAAGGAUCUAAACGAAAUGAACUGAUUGCUCUCGCUCGGAAGCACCGCAAGCACCUUGUCGAUGAAGUUUCUUCGUUAUCUACGUCCGCAGCUAGCGCUUUCGGUGCUGCUACCUCCAAGGCUGGCAACGAAUGGGCUCGUGCCACUGACGAUGCUCAGCUUAAGACCGAGGAUGCAUUUGACACUGUCGUAGCUGGGUGGUCCAACUCUCGGUUGAAGGCAUAUCUUGAUGCUCGCGGAAUCCCUGUUCCCCAAACCAGCAAACGAGACGACCUUCUUGCCAAGGUCCGACUCCACAAGCACAAGGCUGCUACAGGCUACAGUGCUUCGACCUUUGAUACAUGGACCACUGAAAACCUGCAAAAAUAUCUCGCUUCUGCCAACAACAAAGCUGCUAAGAAAGCAGACGUGUCCCGCCAAGAACUCUUGAAACUCGCCCAAGAACAAUACGCCAAGGCAUCCAAGGCUGGCGGUGAUCAAUAUGCCUCUGUAACUUCAUACCUCUCUCAGAGCACCGCAGCGACUAAAAAGGACACCUUUGAUCACUGGUCUGAGUCUGACUUGAAGAAAUUGCUCGACUCGUACGGCAUCUCAACCUACCAGGGCUCCACGUUGAAUGAAAUCCGCGCUGCGGCCCGUCGUAACGCUCAGUAUUUCCAAUAUGGAACCACCUCUCCCUCAGAAACGAUCCUGGCCCGUAUUCAGGAGGGUGCCUCCUGGCUCCUUGAUCAGUUGAAGUUUGGUGCUUCUAGUGGUCGCGAGCAAGGCCACGAGGCUGCCGAGUCGGCCAGGUCCAAGGCCGCCGAGGCGACCGGCAAGAUUCGCUCGGAGUUGUAA